GCCAUGCCCGAAUGGGAGGAGCCGCAAUGGGCUGAUGGGGCGGGGCAUCUGCAAGCCUGGUCGCCCUCUGUGGCAGGAAAGGCGGAAGACCUUCCUUGUGGAACUUCAACUCCCCGGGUCCAGUGGCGGCUCCAAACUGCGUUAAUUCUGCCGUGUAGACACGCGCGUGGACUCUGGUGGAUCUCUCGCUCUACUCAGCCCGGGGCUGAUGAUGGAAGGAGCCAGCAAGUCCCCAGGCGGGGCCAAAGGGCCGGACAUGGCGGAGCAGGAGGAGGACAAGGAGGAGAAAGAGGCGCACGACCCUGUCCGGGAGACGGUCCUCAUCACCGGUGGAGCCGGGUACUUUGGCUUCCGGCUGGGCUGCUCCCUCUCCUUGAAGGGCGUGGACGUGGUCCUGUUCGACGCAUCGGAGUCCCCCCCAGAGCUGCCUGAAGGUGUGCGUUUUGUGCGCGGCGAUGUACGCUUCCCCUGCGAGGUGGAGCAAGCACUCCGAGGGGUCACCUGCAUCUUCCAUGUUGCUUCCUUCGGGAUGUCCGGGCGGGAACAGCUCAGCUGGAAGCGCAUUGAAGCCGUAAACGUGGGUGGGACACGCAACGUCCUCUGUGCAGCCCGAGAGGCAGGGGUCCCGCGGCUGGUGUAUACCAGCACCUACAACGUGGUCUUUGGGGGUCAGGUGGUGCACGGUGGGGACGAGUCCUUGCCCUACCUCCCCCUACACCUGCACCCUGACCACUACUCCAGGACCAAAGCCCAGGCCGAGAUGGAAGUUCUGGGUGCCAACGGGACACCUCUGCGGGGGGCUGGCCGGGGGGUCCUGCGUACAUGUGCCUUGCGACCAGCCGGCAUCUAUGGCCCUGGAGAGCAGAGGCACCUGCCCAGAAUUGUCCGUUAUGUGGAGCGGGGAUGGUUCCGGUUUGUGUAUGGAGACCCCGAGAGCCAGGUGGACUUUGUGCACGUGGAUAACCUGGUGCAGGCACACAUCUUGGCAGCAGAGGCUCUGGGGCCCAGCAAGGCGCACCGAGCAGCUGGACAAGCUUACUUCAUUUCCGAUGGCCGGCCGGUCAACAACUUUGAGUUUUUCCGGCCACUAGUGGAAGGCCUGGGCUACCCGUUCCCCACGCUCCGCCUUCCCCUCUCCCUGGUCUACUUCUUUGCAUUCCUGACAGAAAUGCUUCACUUGGCAGUGCGGCACUUAUACAACUUCCAGCCCCUGCUCACGCGCACCGAGGUCUACAAGACCGGUGUGACCCACUACUUCAGCCCAGACAAGGCCAAGAGGGAGCUGGGCUAUGAGCCUCGGCAGUACAGCCUUGAGGAUGCGGUUCAGUGGUUCUGGUCCCGUGGCCACGGGCGGAGGGUGGGCAGUAAUGCAGCAUCAAAGCACUGGCUCUGGUGCACGGCGGUGCUGCUCGCCUUGGCUGUGGCGGUCAUCCUUUCGUGGCUCCCAAGGGCUUAAAGCCUCCAACAGAACGAGGAGAUACUAGCGUUGAUGCUGAUUCUUUGAUGUCAAGCUACCUUGAGUCCCCUUCAGGGGAGAUAAAGCAGGGUGUAAAUAAAUAUAAUAAUAAUAAUAAUAAUAAUAAUAAUAAUAAUAAUAAUAAUAAUAAUAACAGCAUUGCCCAAUCCUGUUGGGUCUUUGCAAUGGUGCCAAAAUACAAAUACAGGCUGAGCGGCCCUCAUCCUAUUCUUAUGACAUUGAACGUUUG